AUGUCACAAGUCUCUCGGAUGCUCCUGAAAGCGGAGAUUAACUUGGAUCCUGCCGCACGACCCGGUGUUCCGGCUGCUGCAGGAGCGACUCAUGAGUCUGAGCUUGGCGGUUUGGGCUUAGAACAAGCCAGUCAAAAGCUAGGUUUCGGCGCAGCUCACUUGCGCAAGGUCCGUGGCAUCUUGCCACUGACUAGUAAUAACAUGGCGCACUUAUCAGGCGAGCAAGUGACCGAGCCACGCGAUGGCUCGAAGGACGAAGAUCAGCACCCAGAUGACAAUAACGACGACCUCCACCACGAGCGCCAUCGGAACGCUCAAGACGUUCAGGAUUGCAAGCUGCAUAAGUGGCUUCUAUGCGGACGUAAAUAUAAUCAGCUCACCAAAAAAGGCGGUCAAUCAGCGGGCCUAUUGAAUUGCACGGAGAGAAUUCACGAAGCAGUAGUCACGGCAUCGGUGGAGCAGAAUGUAAUCGAGCAAGCCGCAUGCUUGAUCCACAGGCCCCGGGUGGAGGCGUCGCUCGACAACCUGGUGACUUUGUCCACACGAAGACGUGCCUUCGUCAGCACGUGCACGGAGAGGGGCGCGGACUCUGCUGAUAAGAGCGUGAAUAAGGCCCAGGCGCACUCUCCGCCUUCGAUCACUGUGGCUUGCUGUACGAGCCGCCAUUUGGGAGGCAUGCAGCUCAAGGCGGACGCUGUAUUCCGGCUGUUUGAGAUUGAGGGCCAUAUCGUACUUUAUACUGUCGUCGUGAUGAUUGGUAAGCCUACGGAGCGCACGAAGCCCGGCAACCGCGAAAAGCGUGAUAGUCAGAUCCUCAUGAUGCAGUACCUCAGCCGAGUUCACCUCGACGCGCCAAUGUCUCCGAUGGAACUAGAAGUUUACCACCAGAUGCGCAAUGUCAUUGGAAUUGAUCCUGCCUUCUAUGAGUACAUCUUUACGGUCGAUGCCGAUACAGCUGUGACUCCCGAAUCGCUAAACAGGCUAGUCGCCGCCGUUGCUGAUGACUCAAGUAUUAUCGGUAUCUGUGGAGAAACACGACUUGACAAUGAGGAUGGUUCGUGGUGGACAAUGAUUCAGGUCUACGAGUACUACAUCUCUCACCACAUGGCUAAGGCAUUCGAGUGGCUUUUCGGCUCUGUGUCUUGUUUACCUGGUUGUUUUUCGAUGUACCGAAUCCGGACAGCGGACAAAGGUCGCCCCAUCAUCAUCUCCAACCGUAUCAUCGAAGAGUACUCGGAACCCAACGUCGACACACUGCAUAAGAAGAACCUGCUCUCCCUCGGUGAAGACCGUUUCUUGACGACGUUGCUCAUGAAACACUUCCCAACGUUCCGGACGAAGUUCACUUCCGCUGCGAUUGCGCGCAUGAUUGCACACGAGUCUUGGCGCGUGCUGUUCUCUCAGCGUCGGCGAUGGAUCAACUCAACUGUGCACAACCUUUGCGAGCUCGUCUUCCUUCCCGAGAUGAUCGGUUUCUGCUGCUUCUCAAUGCCCUUCCUCGUCUUCAUUGAUCUCUUGGGUACUUUAAUCCUGCCCGCAACAGUAGUCUACCUGUUCUACUUGAUUAUCGUUGUCGCUACCGGCAAAGCUGCCUUCCCGCUCAUUUCUAUCGUCAUGAUUGCUGCCGUAUACGUUUCUUCCCGCCCUUGGGGCAAUCCUCGUCUGGUCAUCGGUGAAGGCAGCAACAAGAAGGUCAUCAUGAAUGGCGAUGAGAAAUUUGACGACUCAAUGAUCCCGCUCAAGAAGUCCAGCGAAUAUGAAGCAGAGGCUUGGGAGACGGGCUCACGUCACUCGGACAAGAGUGGAUACAACAAUAAGCCUCACUCGCACCAAUCUCCGCGUAACUUCCACGAAGGCUCGCAAGCAUGCAAAUACUGCAGAGACGCCAAUCCGCUGGGCCACAAGAGCUCAGACUCAAAUCUUCGCGGGCAGGCGUCACAGGCUAACCUGUCGCAGUACGGCGCACAGCCAAUGAUGUCGCAGUACAUUCUGCCACAGCUGCUGUUCAUGCCAAUGGGAGGCAGGCCAGGCGUGUACGGCAUGAUGCUGAACGCACCGCGCAACACCAUCAUGACGAACCUGAACAUGUAUGGCGGCGAGGGUGACGCGAGCGGGUCGCCGUCUGGCUUUGCACCUCCAGGACGCAUCCCCGCAAUGCAACGGCCAAUGUCGAUGUUUUCUCUUGCGACAUCAGUGCUAUCAGCGCGAUUGCUGCAGCGGUAG